AUGGACGUGGGCGCCAAGGAGUUUGAGCAGGUUUUGCCCCUGCUGCAGGAGCUGGUCCUCGGCGCGGACUUCGUGGGUCUGGACAUAGAGUUCACCGGCCUUCGCUCCAACCUCUCCGGGCCCGAGCAGAUCAGCCUGUUUGAUUUGCCAUCGGAGUGGUAUCUAAAGACCCGGCAGAGUGUCCGGCAAUUUACAAUCUGUCAGAUUGGGUUGUCUGUGUUUUCCAGUGUCAAAGGAGAGUCCAACAAGUAUGUAGCCCAUUCGUGUAACUUCUUUCUCUUCCCUACAACGUUUGGGAUUUUGGAUUCAGAAUUCUCUUUCCAGGCUUCUAGUGUUCAAUUCUUGAAUCAGUAUGGCUUUGACUAUAACAAGUUUCUCAAAAAUGGAAUCCCAUAUAUGAAUGAAGAACAGGAGAAGAAAAUUAAACAUAGUAUCCUGAGCGGGAACUGGAGAGUUCGCAGUUCUUUGGAUAAAGACCAAAUCAAGGUGGUAAUUGACAAAGUGACGCGGUGGCUGGCCCUGGCGGAGGAAGGCGAUUGGAUGACUCUCCCUGGCAUCGCUGGAUUCCAGGCCUUUGAGGUCCAGUUAGUACUGCGGCAAGCCCUCUCCAACGUCUGGACGGUCCUGAAGGACCAAGUGGUGACAGUGAAGAAAGUGAGUAAACAACAUCGCUGGUGUCUCGAGAACACUUCUUGUGAGCGAGAGAGCUGUUGGAAGGAGAAGAUUCUUCUCUCUGCAAGGGGGUUUUCUGUCUUUUUCCAGAUGCUGGUGAAAGCCCAGAAGCCAUUAGUGGGACAUAACAUGAUGAUGGAUCUGCUGCAUCUUCACGAGAAGUUCUUCAGGCCUCUCCCAGAAAGCUACGAUCAGUUUAAGCUGAAUAUCCGUCACCUGUUUCCUAUUCUCAUUGACACGAAGACUGUCACAAAGGAUAUCUGGAAGGAACUGAAUUUCCCAAGGGUUUCAAAUCUUUCAGAAGUUUAUGAAGUCCUUAACAGUGACUUGAACCCCACUAAGAAUUCUGGACCCGUGAUUGUUCAUGCAAGCAAGUGUGAAAAGUACGUUGAAACCAAGUGCCCCCACGAAGCAGCUUAUGACGCCUUCCUCUGUGGGUCAGUUCUUUUGAAAGUGGCUCACUUGCUUCUACAGAGAGUACAGGGCAGCUGUUCCACAUCGGAGCCCUCCUUCCCCCAGUACCUGGACGUGCUGGCCCCUUACGUGAACCAAGUGAAUCUGAUCCGAGCUGGGGUCCCUAAAAUCAAUUUUUCUGGUCCGGAUUACCCCAGUGUCCGACCUCCCAUCCUCAUCCUCAGUGUCAAGAGGUGGCCGGGGGUCACUGAGCAGCAGGUCUACCGGGAGUUCCAGAACCUCUGCAAGUUUGACGUCAGGCGCCUCACACGGAGCCAGUUCUUGCUUCUGACCAAUAAGUUUAAGGAUGCUCGGAAUGUCUUAAAGGAAUACAGAUGUCACCCCGACCUCCAGGUGUCCCUGUAUCGGUAUUGGAGACAUUCGCCAAACAUCAACUGCUUGUUACAGGUCUGUGGCAUAAUCAGCACGUGGGCCCUGGUGGCGUUUGUUCUUGGAAGACCCAGUGCCUGAACACAGCAUGGCUGCUGCCCGCUUGCCCUCCCAGGACACCCGUCUGGGGCUGGCUUUGUGGGAAUCACAUUCCAUCUGCAGAUGCCACUGUCCAGUGCUUCCUUGGGAUUUUGUGAUGUUCUGAAUGUGAUAUUCUGUAAAUACUCUCAAUGAUAAAGAAAUCCUUGGAUGGGUUACCUUUAUUUGUGGCCAACACUUUUCUUUCUCUAAGAGAUUGGGAAGAAGUCCCCACCUCUGGGGAAUUGAGCCAGUUUUCCAGAGUGUUUUACGAACUGAUAAU